UCCGCUCGAUCGACAGAUUUCCUCAAUUAGUAUGGAAGCGAUCGUACUUGAAUCAACACCGAUAAUUUCUCGUUACCGGUCGCGACAAUACGAAUCGUGCUUUUUCAUUUUUGUGAAUUAAACAGUGAAAGGUGGACGCAAUUCUAAAAAAUUCCUCGGUUAUUUUUCACGAAGAACGAAGUUGUUUGACAUUUCAGAGGCAUGGAAGGAAAGGAAGCAAGCACAUCAUCGUUCCAAAUGAAGGACGUAAAAUCGGAGACACCUCCCUCGAGUUCUUCGGAUAGUUCGAACAAUUUGGAAACCACCAGCGGGAGACGAAGCAUGUACGGCACAUGCGUUACGGCAGUUGACCUUAUUAACCAUAUACUCAUCGUCGGUGUGACAGUUUUUCUUCUUUACUAUUCGAUGCGCUCCUUCGGCGUGACGGAUUUACACGUCACCCUUUGCACCGUGGGGUACGUCCUACUCAUGUCAGAGGCCAUUGUCGUGCUAGCCGAUGGGAGCAGCUUGACGAACUUUCUUACCCGCCGUGCCAAGAGCCACGUCCACUGGAUCCUGCAGUUACUAGGAGCGAUCUGCGUGGUGGCCGGUAUUGUGCCCAUGUAUCAAGCGAAGACCUUUCAUUUCCAGUCGAUCCACGCGAUCCUCGGGAUCGCGUCAACAGUGAUCAUGCUGUUCCUGGUAGCCUUUGGUUACCCAGUCUUCGUAGCGGCGAAACUUCGCGCGGUAAUCAGACCGGUGGUCAUCAAGUUUUCCCACAACUUCUUGGGCAUCAGCUGCUUCGUAUUGGGUAUGGCUUCCCAAUGCUACGGAUACAAGAAAUCCUGGCUAACCUACGUCUCCCAUGUACCUAAUAUUCAACUAAUCUGCAUAGUCGUUACCGCGUUGAUCACUAUACUUUCGUUGAGAGGUGCCUUGCCGACGCUAUUCAAGCAAUUCAUGACGAUGUUUCGAUAAACCGGUCAGAGUCUCUAUAUUAGAGAUCGAAGAUAGAGUGUUAGAACAGACAGGGACAUCAGGGCAAUCUCUUGGAACGGUGAAAAUUGGACUGUCGAAAAUUGAACCUUAGAUUUAUUCACUGUGCCAGGAGAAAGGAAAAUUGAGAUAGGUAUUUUUGUUCUCUUUUUUUCUUUCUCAAAAAUGGCCCUGAUGAUCAUUUCUGUUGUAUUAGAUGUAGAAGGACAAAUGGUAGCGGAAUCUAAGACUGUUCAAAUGGAUUCUUCUUUCAUUCUAGUAAAUAUAGACUGUUCGAAGAUCGACGUGGCUGUUGUCAAAGCGAACGUUAAUCGUGUGUAAAUUACCGCGCGCAUAUGUAUCGAAAGCAAACGUUGAUACAAGCGUAAUUCGAUUUUUAGCGAUACACGGAGCACAAGACCAGAGUACACAUAGGGGAAUACCAUCAUCGUGUCAGGAAAAUACGCGUUACGUGAACGAACACGGGAUCAAAGAUCAAUUAUAUAAAGCGAUUAGGCUUGGACGUUGCGAAUAUUUAUCGUCGAUAGUGGGCGUUCAAAAGCGACCGCGUCGAGAAUUUUUCUGUCACAAUCGUGAACGAUUACGGCGAAUUGACAUUACGUAUAGUGAAAUUAUCACGUAGCCGAACUUUCGUGUUGAUUUAUCGUUUAUCAAGAUUCGGUUUUCAGCCGAAUCAUUAUAUGACUGACGCAUAGCUUAAUGUAGACGAUUAAAUUAAUUCUGUUAAAAGAAUUCGAUAAAAGACAGCUUCUAAUGAUCUGUCAAUCCCUUAAUUUAUUACCUACUUUAUAUCUGUAAUGUGAUAUUAAUGGUAUUCAAAAUUUUCUUCUUUUAUUAAUUAUUUAACACAUUAAAUACAAUUAUUCAGAAUACGA